ACAGGGAGCUUCUGAGCAGUAUCAGCAACAUGAUAGCUAAGAUAAGUGACAAGUCUUCUUCUGCUAUUUCUGUUUUAGAUGUUCCAAAAUUUAAACGUAAAAGUAAUGAGGAACAAUUUAAAUUAAAUGCCAAAGUUAUACAGAAGAUAGAAGGUGCGCAUUCAGCCGUGGAAUCAGAGGAUUUAUCGUCUGCUAAAGAGGCUAUUAUUCAAGCCAGAGACAUGUUGAAGCACCGACAAAAAUUAGUGCUUCUUGCCGAUACGUCGGAUUUGGGUUGGAGAUUGGUCAGCGAAUACGAGGCAAAUCCCAUCGCUAGCGAUAGCGACGACGAAAAACGUAUUUAUAAGGCGGAGGCUCGUGCCAGUAGGAAGGCUAAGGCAGACAAGACCAAAAAACCCAGAAAAAACAACUGGCCAUACAAGCGUCCAGAGGCAUCGGGAUCUGCGCAGGCGUCACAGGGCAUCAGACAGCGUCCCGGGUUGUGUUUUUCCUGUGGAAAGGCGGGUCACUGGAAAAAUGAAUGUACACAGAACAGUUCUUACCAGAACAAUAAGUUAAGUAGUUAUUUUGAGAUUUUAGACUCAGUAAAAGUCACUGACUUUACCAAAGGUACUGUGUGCCAAGAUAAGUCUUAUCUGAGUAAAAAUGAAACAUUAUUUAAGGCCGAGAAAAAAGGCAGUGACCAGAUGUCGGAUAAAGGUAUAGUAAAUUCUAUUUCACCUGUAGGCCGAUUAAGGCAGAAUAAAGACAAAUGGUGCAGGGUGUCCUAUAAUCAAUAUAUUUUAGACGUUGUUGAAAACGGAUAUAAAUUGCCGUUUAAGAACAUACCAGAAAGUGCGCACUUGAAAAACAAUAGAUCCGCACUUGAAAACAAAACGUUUGUUAGAACGGAGAUAAAGUCUUUGUUAGAAAAGAGGGUAAUAUCGGAAGUAUUAAAAAAACCAAUUGUGGUAAAUCCACUCACAGUUGCAUAUAACAAGGCUGGAAAGCCCAGACUGGUGUUAGAUUGUAGGCAUGUAAAUCCUUGUUUGCAUAUGUUUAAGAUAAAAUUUGAAGACAUAAACACAGCAGAGAGUUUGUUUGACCUUAAUACGUUUGUUUAUACUUUCGACUUAAAGAGUGCUUAUCACCACAUAGAUAUUUUUCCUGAACAUACUACGUAUUUGGGAUUUUCCUGGAUUGAUGACGGAGUUGUAAGAUAUUAUGUGUAUAAUUCAUUACCAUUUGGAAUUGCUUCCGCAGGGCACAUCUUUACGAAAACUCUAAGAGUGUUGAUUAAACACUGGAGAUCAUUAGGACACAGGGUAAUUAUGUUUUUGGAUGAUGGAGUAGGGGGACAUGCUGAAUUUAAAAAGGCCAUGUCGUCUAGUAAUUUUAUACACAAUUCUUUGAUAGAUCUGGGGUUUUUACUUGCGGAAGAAAAAUGUUGUUGGAACCCUUCACAAAUAGUAUGCUGGUUAGGCCAUAUUUUGAAUUAUAGAUCUAACUGUAUGUUUAUUUCGGAAGAAAGAAUUCUUCGAUUAGAAAUGUCACUAAAGUCAGUCAAAAGACAAGUUAGACUUGAUACAUGUAAAAUGUUUAGCAGCAGUUGUAGGCCAAAUAAUUUCCCUACAAAGUGUGGUAGGUAGAAUAGUCUGCCGGAAGACCAGAGAUUUAUACAAAUGUAUUAUAGGGCGUGCUAGCUGGAACGCACCUGUUAAGGUAAGCGAAAAGGCUCAGGCUGAGCUACAGUUUUGGCUAGAAAAUGCAAGAAAAUUGAACAAAAAAGGUAAGCGAUUGAAGCAGUUAUUUUCUGCAAGUUUAAGUAUGGCAACGGACGCUAGCGCCGUUGGAUACGGUGGAUACGUGAGAAAAGACGAAAAGUCAUAUGCAUAUUAUAGUAGUUUGUCCAAGGAAAAGACAUUUAUUAACCAGUCCUCAGGUGUUGAAAUAAAUGAAAAGGUGACUGGGUUCCCGGAAGUGAACCAUGAGGAAAUGUUCCAAGGUAUGUGUAGCAAGUUUCCACCGGAAGUAGAAUAUUACACAGUUUUUGCUCCCGGAUGUGAGCAAAAUGUUUCGACAAACAUAGAACAAGGUUCUACAAAGGAGAACUGUGGUAGUUUGUCCGAGGAAAUGUCAAUUUUUGAUCAGUACUCACUUGUUCCGUUACAUGAAAAGAUAACGUAUUACGAAACCGGGUUCCCGGAAGUGAACCACGGGGAAAUGUUUCAAGGUAUGUGUAAAGGUAGCAAGUUUCCACCGGAAGUGGAAUAUCUCACCGGUUUUGCUCCCGGAUGUAAGCAAAAUAUUUUGAUAAAUGAUGAACAAGGUUCUAUGAAUAAGACUCCCGGAAGUGGGUCUAGUGGUCUGGUGCUCCCGGAAGUGAGCGCAUUGUACAGUAAACACAUGUCUUUUACUUUUAGCAGUACAGAGGUACAUGGGUCUUGGACAGAAGUAGAAAGAGAAAGAAGUUCAACAUGGCGCGAACUUGAGGCUCUUCAUCGAGUUUUAAGAAGUAACAUUAAUAUAUUAGUGAAUAAUCAUGUCAUUUUCCUUACAGACAAUAAGAAUGUGAAAUUUAUUUUGAAUUCCGGCAGCUAUGUUGACGAUUUGCAUGAAAUUUGUCUUAAAAUUCACGAAGUGUGCGACAUAAAUAGCAUACAGUUUGUUGUAAUUUGGAUACCAAGGUGUAGGAACGCAGAAGCAGAUUAUCUGAGUAGGUGUCUUGAUUGUGACGAUUGGUCUGUAAAUGAGGUCAUAUUUAAACACUUGAAUAAGAAGUGGGGACCUUUUACAGUCGACAGGUUUGCCACACAUUAUAAUAACAAAUGUGACAGAUUUAAUUCAAGAUGGUGGGUACCCGGUACAGAAGCAGUUGAUUGUUUUACACAAAUAUGGACCGGGGAGAAUAAUUGGUUGGUACCACCACCAAAUCUAGUCGUUCAGUGUUUGAAUAAGUUAAAACACGAUAAAUGCUUAGGAACUUUGGUUAUUCCUGAAUGGAAAUCGGCGCCAUUUUGGCCAUUGUUAAUUGAUGAAAAGGGUAAUUUCAGUUGCAUUGUGAAAGAAAGUUAUGUUUUUCCUUCUACAGGUGCUGUCACAAGGGGAAAAGGGAACAACGGAGUGUUUAAUAUAGAACCUUUUAGUUUCAGAAUGCUAGCAUUGAAGUGCAGCUGGUAAAAAUCUUCAACAUUAUGAGAUUUAUUGAACAUGUACGAUCGAAGUUUGACCUCAUGUAU